UUCACUGAACACGCAACAAUCACCGAGAUGAAGUUCCUGAUCAUCCUUGCCUUGGCCGUGGCCGCCUCCGCCCUUCCGGAGCCGGAGCUGCGUCACCGCAGCCGCGAGAUGCCCGUGGUGGGCAGCAUCGAGGGCCGCAUCACCGGAGGAGCCAACGCCGCCGUCGGCCAGUUCCCCUACCAGGUGGGACUCUCCCUGAAGCUGAGCGCUCUGUCCAGCGCCUGGUGCGGUGGCUCCUUGAUCGGCAGCCAGUGGGUGCUGACUGCUGCUCACUGUACCGAGGGAGUUCAGUCCGUGACCGUCUACCUGGGCGCCACCGUGCGUACCUCCGCUGAGGUUACCCAGACCAUCUCCAGCUCCAAAAUCAUCAUCCACAGCGGCUGGAACAGCGCCAAGCUGCUCAACGACAUCUCCCUGAUCCAGAUCGCCGCCGUGGCCAGCAGCAGCAGGAUUAGCGCCGUCAAGCUGCCCUCCAUCGCCAGCUCCUACUCGACUUACACCGGUGAGACCGUGGUCGCCUCCGGAUGGGGCCGCACCAGCGACACCGCCAACUCCGUUGCCACCAACCUGCAGUACGUCGACCUGACUGUCAUCACCAACACCGUGUGCGCCAACACCUACGGCACCUCGAUCGUGACCAGCUCCAACAUUUGCGUUGCCACCCCCAACGGCCAGUCCACCUGCAACGGUGACUCCGGCGGUCCUCUGGUCCUCAAGAGCACCACCACCCAGGUCGGUCUGACCUCCUUCGGUGCCGCUGCCGGUUGCGAGAAGGGCUACCCCGCUGCCUUCACCCGUCUGACCAGCUACCUGGAUUGGAUCAAGUCCAACACUGGCAUCUCCUACUAAGGAGUGGUCCGGGACUAACAUUUCGCACAAAAAUAAAACGAUUUCUAUUGAA